AUGGUCAUCCGAAGCCUACGUUUAACGGACGUGGAAUUCUGGGAUGAAGAAUUGGACAAAUUGACUAGGAUAUUCCUCAACAACGUCCAUCCAAGCGAAGUUUGCUCUGCCGACUUUUGUUCACAGAAUCUAUCUGACAGCAAUUUAUCCCAAGAACUUGCAUGCCAAGCGCAGGUAGACCGGGCACUACAAGAAGGAUGCAGUCCUGUGAUCGUAGACAACACAAACAUUCAGGCGUGGGAAUUUCGUACUUACAUCGAAAUGGCCAGGAAAGCCGACUACAUCGUGAUGCUAGUCACUCCACAGACGCCGUGGCGCUUUGAUACGAGUGAAUGUGCUGCCCGAAACUGUCACGACGUAUCUUUGGAUGUUUGCGAAUCUAAAAUACGCAGAUUUGAGUCUGUUUAUCCUCUUUAUUACGCUUGGUUCUGGCCAGGCAGGCAAAGCGCCCACGCUUCUGCCAACAGUGGCUUAGCCGCCUACCCGGUGGACGAGGCUAGCCGCUUGCUUUCCUGGGCUUGGAAUACAUUUGACGAGCUUCUACGUCUUCCAAUUUUUCAGGAGGAUUUUCGGCGCCUCUUCGAAUUGUCUUCGGAGGCUAAUCUUGACCAACUGGCACGAUGUUGGCGUCCAACUGUUGACACGAUCCCCAGCUCUGAAGAUAGCUACAUGAAACACGCGAAUUUUAAAUCAAAAUUAAUCCAUUCGGCACCAACUUUGACGACCCGACUUCACGUGACGACGCACUUUUCUCGCUUCGGACGCGAACCAGGUUCUCUUGAUUACGCACACAGUGGCCCUGUAGAGCGCGCCUUGUUAGGUCAAUUGACCACUGCUAAAGUGACUAGCAUCCUCGUUACUUGUCGCACUAUUUGUGUAAAGGUCAGUCUUAAUGGCCUUAACGAUGGCGGAAGUAAUGAUACAAGUAAGGAGUCUACGUUAGAGAGAUUACUAUGGAUGAGCGAUGACCAAGAGGUGGUUAACAGAAGCCUGGAUCCUGAGUCUCGACACCAAGCCCGGCCAAUCAACUCUAGUGGGGGCCGAUGUGCCCAGAGUAAGUGA